AUGGCGCCUCGAUCCUUCAAAAAGCUGUCAAUUGCAGUCAGUGGUACCAUCCCAGGGUACAAGCAGGCCGAUGUCAAGUCUUUGGUUGAAGCCCAAGGUGCUACAUUCUCUGCAACAGUGGAUGACGGAUGCACACAUUUGAUUACCACUGAGAGGGACGCUGCGAAAAGAGGAACCAAGUAUCAACAAGCAUGCAAUGUCAAGAAUUGCAAGAUUGUAACUGUGCAAUGGCUCGUAGCCUCAAGCGAAGCGAAAAAAGUUCUCCCCGAGAAGGCCUAUAUAUUGCCGGAUUCGAAUGGUGGCGACAUCAAAGCCGAAGUCCCAAUGCUAGAUGGCACUACCGAUAACACGAGGAAGCGCACCAUUAAGCAAGAGGAUGACGACCAGGCAGAGUCGAACAAAAAGCCAAAGGACUCGCAGCGGACGAGCUUGAAAUCCUCCUUGAAGGUUCCCAUCGAUAACAUGUUCAUCUACCAUUCUCCCUUCCAAAACAAGAAAGAUUCUGUGGUUUUGAUCGAGGACUCUGGGUUGAUAUGGGAUGCGGCUCUGAACCAGACAGAUUCUGGAAAGAACAAUAACAAAUUCUACCUUGUGCAACUGAUCGUAUCGUCAGACAAAAAGGAGUACGUUACAUGGACUCGUUGGGGCCGCGUCGGCGAAUUUGGCCAGUACUCUACCUGGGGCCAUGGAUCACUUGAAACGGCUAAGGCUGCGUUUGAGAAGAAGUUCAAAGACAAAUCCGGUUUGAAGUGGGAAAACCGCCUGGGCACUCCGAAGAAUGGCAAAUAUACCUUCAUCGAGCGGAAUUAUGAGGAUGAUGACGCCGACGAGACGUUGGAGAAGAAUAAAUCUGACGAUGUGCCGAUCAAGGGAGAAAGUACCUUGACCAAACCCCUGCAGAACCUUAUGUCCUUCAUUUUCAACCCUCAACACGUCCAAUCGGCACUGGCGUCGAUGUCAUACGAUGCGAAGAAGUUACCACUUGGGAAACUAAGUGACCGGACCUUGAAAUCCGGUUUCUUGAUUUUGAAGGAACUGGCGGAGCUGAUUGCUGAGACUACGCGUGACACAAACUGGCAAACAACCAUUGAGAGCCUGAGCAAUAGAUACUUCACCACGAUCCCCCAUGACUUUCGUCGAAACCGACCUCCGAUUCUGAACUCUGAUCAACUGAUCAAAAAGGAGGUCGAAUUGCUCGAUGCUCUUACGGACAUGGAUGUCGCAAAUGAAAUCAUGAAAGAUUCCAAACUCUCGGAUAUCAACGAGUUGGAUCGCCAGUUCCAAAGUCUCGGCAUGAAGGAAAUGACUCGAUUGGGCCACAACACAAGUGAAUACCACGAGCUAGCUUCUUACCUCAACGAUUCACGUGGUGCAAGCCACAACAUGGAAUAUCAAAUCAUUGAUAUCUUCCGGAUCGAGCGCCAGGGCGAGAACGAUCGAUUCACAUCCUCUCCAUUCUCAAAACUGAAGAACAGCGACCGCCGCCUACUAUGGCACGGCUCGCGCAGCACAAACUUCGGUGGUAUUCUCAGCCAGGGUCUGCGCAUCGCUCCUCCAGAAGCACCCGUCAACGGAUACAUGUUUGGAAAGGGUGUUUACCUCGCAGACACAUCCACCAAGUCCGCGAACUACUGUUGCUCACACAACAGUGCGAACAUGGGAUUACUGUUGCUCUGUGAUGCAGAGCUCGGUGAUCCAAUGUUGGAGCUGGUCCACAGUGAUUCUAAUGCCGGUAAUAAUGCGAAAAGUCAAGGAAAGAUCGCUACGCUCGGUCGAGGCAAAACAGUUCCUGGUGGAUGGAAAGAUGCGGCCUGUUUGACUCCUGAAUUGAACGGAGUCACGAUGCCUGACGUGGCGGUUGGCCAGGCAUGGGAUGACAAUGCCUCUCUGCGAUACAAUGAGUACAUCGUCUACGAUGUGGCUCAAAUCAGACAGCGCUACCUCUUUUACGUUCACAUGCGCUGA